GCUCCUACUCUGCUGGGGGGAAUCUCUAGUUGACCUGGACCAUGAGCAAUGAGUCUACCUUCUGGAACAUCCUACCAGAAAACUCCACAGAGAUCCCGUUCGUGGCCGAGGAGCAGCGGGAUGGCCACGUGCUCCUCCUGGUGAUCCUCUCCUCCUUCCUGGUGGGGGCCGUGAUCUUCAUCGGCAUCUUCCUCCUCACCUUCCGUCGCUGCUCUCGAGGAGGGCUGUGGUGCGCCAGGGCCAACGAUGACCCCGAGAAAUUCAACACCACCUACGUGGAGGAGUGUCAGCCCACCCAUGAAAUCACCAUCAGGGUGGACGAGUCCGACUGCCUGUCGAUGGCCAGCUCCCACAACCAGGAGACGGAGCGCUUCCUCUCCACGGGCACCAUGGGCCGCCGCGUCUCCUUCAACGAGGCCGCGCUCUUCGAUCACGGCAAGAAGGCGCAGGAGAAAGGCCGCAGGUACACGCUGACCGAGGGCGACUUCCACCACCUGAAGAACGCGCGGCUCACACACCUCCAGAUCCCUCCCCCGGGCCUCAAGAUCGUCACCAUCCACGAGUGCGACGCGGCCGAGAACAGCGUCGCCAUGACGACGCGCCCCGUCGCCAAGUCCACGCUCUCCAUCUUCCAGCCGAUGCUGUGCCCACUGCCACAAACGGCGCUGACCAGCCUGAGCGUCAAUCCCAGCUGCGCCCUCCCCGGAGACGCCCUCAACUCGGUGGCGAACGCGACGUCUCUCGGACCUAAAGAGCCCGCCCCCAGCUCCAUCGAGAUGAUGGGCGCGGGGCCCCGAGGCCGAGGCAGCGACGUCGGUCUCGUCGGAGAAGGGGCCACCGCGGGAAGCCAGGGUCCCGUGCUGCAGUUCUUCACUAAACUGCGGCGCCACGCCAGCCUGGAGGGGUCCAGUCCCUACUUCAAGAUCAAGAAGUGGAAGCUGGACAGCAGCCAGAGGGCGUCCAGCCUGGACACCAGAGGCUCCCCGAAGAGGAGGCAGUUCCAGCGCCAGCGGGCCGCCAGCGAGAGCAUGGACCAGGACGACAACGACGCGCACCACAUAGACCUCAUCCAGUACUUCGCCCGCACCCGGGACCUCGCCUACGGUCCGGUCCGCCCGGCGCCGCGCCUCCACUCGCCUCUGUCCACACCGCCCCCCUCCCUCGGCAGGGUAGAGGUAGAGGUCGUGGUGGAGCCCAGCUGCAGCCGCGGAGGACCCGGGGUAAUCGGCCUGUCCCCCGAUCCCCAAGACGAAGCACUGUCCCUGGCAAGAAGGGAAGCCGCGGACCCCCCAGACCCCCAGGAACCCCAGGAACCCCAGUCCCUUUACAAAGACAUCUGGAACCUUCGCGCCACGCUGGAACAAUACGCCGCCUCCGACCAGAGCAGCAGCAACGACCGGAACUCCGACGCCGAGAGUGUGUGUUCGCUGGGCGGGCGCACGGAGACGGAGAGAGGAGGGCCGCCCAGCUACCGGUCCCAGGACUUAGGGGACGAGGGCGGCGACGACGACAUUUCGGUGUAUUUGGAUGAGAGGUCGGGGGCGACGGAGGGAAGAAAGAGGAAACAGAAGAGCACCGACGGAGAAACGGGGACUCGGAAGUUGCUGCAGAUGGACAGCGGCUACGCGUCGAUCGAGGCGCCGUGCCGCGGGCCGGAAGACCUGCGGCUGUUUGGCGGCGGCGGCAGCCCGAAGGACAGGACCGCCCACGAGAAACGCCACCACUUCACCAACGCCGGGCGAUCCGGCACCGUCGGCGAGAGCUCCGAGUCUCGCCUCUUCGAGGAGGAGCUGGAGGACGAGCUGCUGCUGGGCGCCAGCGGAGGCGUUUCCAUAGGAACGGGCGCCGCGUCGCUGAGCUGGGUCCCGUACGGUCAGCCGCUCGCGCCCCGAGAGGCCGCGCAGCCUCCCCGUCCGCCGCCGCUGCACCGGCGAGACUACAGCAUCGACGAGAAGACGGACGCCCUCUUCCACGAGUUCCUCCGCCACGACCCGCAGUUCGACCAGCAGGAGUCGCCGACGAGGAAGCACCGGUCCCGCGUCCACCUGCGCAAGCAGUGGCAGCGCCACAAGCAGUGGAGCGACCCGGGCGUCAGACACUUCCAGACCUCCUUCGACCGGCUGCGGGCGCCGCUCCGACGAGGCGACAGCGUGAACUGCCCGCUGGACGCGAGCUACCGCGGCACGCUCCCCCGCAUCGUCAGCGCUCCGGACGAGGAGACCGCCGAGGGGGCCGGCGGCGGAGACGCGGAGGUCGACGCCCCCUCUUUUACGCCACCUCUCUGGCACCGAGACCCUCAGGAGGAGGAGCGCCACGGCCCCCAGACCAUCACGGCGGAGCUCGCGGACAAACUGACCGCUCACCUCGGGGAGCGGCUGUACGCGGGCCUUCGCAGGACCGAGGACUCGGCCGCCGAGUGCGCGGCGGCGGCGGCGACGGCCACGCGCGCUUCUCCGGACCACAGCCCAGUGUAGCAGGGCUCCAGGCGUCCUCCUCCUCGUCACCUCUCGCUUCCCGCCGAUGCUCACUUUUUCCCUCUUUCUUUCCUGUUUCCACUCGUCCCGCCUCCGUUUUUCUCCGUCUCUCCGUGUGCAGCUCGAAUGGGAAGUGUGCUUUAAAUCACCCGUCGCCGCGGCGCGAGAUAACAGACAAAACAGAGCUAACGUAACAAAAGUCGUCUGCUGUCAGUGAUACCUGUUUCCUCGUUCGUCGUUGCCGUGACUGCAGUCCGUGUCCAUCUCUGGCUUCUUGUCUCCGCUCUCCAGUUUCGAAUAACUGAAAACCGACAUGGCGUCGGUGCUCGUGGAUCCACUGUGAAACCAGGUGCUAUUAGAGGAGUAGAACACGAUAGAUCUGGACGCACCAGCGAGUCCUUUGAACGUGCAGACGUGGGAAAUAAGUUGUUUUUUUCACUACCAAAUGAUCUGAAAUAUCUGAAUUCUCAAUCAAAGCUUCGUGAGGCAAAUUUAAAGGGACAGUUCAGCCUAAAAUGAAAACUUCUCGUGCCUCUUAGUGCUCUUCAUCGUCUAGACGAGAGGCCCGUGUUUGUAGUUUAUAGUUUAAUGGGUUUUUGGGUGAACUGUCCCUUUUUUAAAAGUUGUUCACACUAGUUCAGAUCAGUAGUUCCCAACCUGUGGGGGGUCCCCAGAGAGGAUUAAAGUGAUUUAUGUACAAAUACUUAUGUCUGGGUUUGUCCUCAGCGAUCAGUUCCCGUCUCCGUAUCGCGACGUCAAUCCAUGCUUGUUGACAAUUCUGUGCCAAUUCUGUGCCAACUUUUCCCGAUUGUAACUAUCUCCGUAGGAAGAUGGCAUCCCGGUUCUUCAUCACUCGCUCAGCUCUGAUUGGUGGAAUGUUUUUUCAAAUUGUUGGAAGUAGCCCUCAAGUCUUUCGCGGUCAGGAAACGAUAUAAAAACAAAUGUCCUCUUUCUUUUGUUCCCAUCCACGAGAUGUUCUGAUCUUCUUAGCCCCUAUUGAUUUCUGGGAUUCACCAAUGUUUUAUAAUUCAAUGCAUGAAUAUUAUUCGAUGUUUUAGAGUGUUUCUGCGCUCAACAAAUAUUAUUGGUCCAUUCAUCCUAAUUUCGACAAUAAAACAUUCACAUUUUGGACGAUAUUGCGUGCGUUCGGCGUCUAAAUGCCUUUGAUACGGCUCUUUUUCCUUUUUUCUCUGUAACACCAGUCUCGAAAUCAAGUUAUUUUAGUUAAUUUAACAAAGUAAUUCCACUACUUGUGAUGUGUCAUGAGUAUUUGCACACGGCAUAGCCCUCAUAUAGUGGUAGGGGGGCAUUAACUGUGCUCGUUAUAAACAUCUUAUUUUUGUCUCUUAAAGUGAAGAGAAUGUCGCUGCAUGAUUAUAUAGAGACGUAUUUUUGUAGGCCAACCUGAAUGUUAGCAUCGCCAAUGGGACUCACCGUUGGUUUUUUUCGGAUCAUUGCAGAAAAUAAGCUACGUUGCAAACACGACUUUAUGAUACAAACACGUUUUUCUGUAGCAAGAUAAUCUCCAGAAAUGCACACCGCUUUUAUAAUGCUGUAAGUGUGAGUGCAACGUUGGGCUAUAAACAAACUAACACGCAUGUGAUGGUGGGUUAGUCGGCGUGAGGACCUCCAGUCGGCUCGUUUAGCCGCUGGUUAGCAACCGCUGGGUAGCAACCGCCGCUAACGCGCGAAAGAAGCUUCAUAUUCCCAGAGAGCGAUGCUUACUGGCGGCAUACGAUAUUAUACCAGCCGCUGUAUGAGGAUACUUUGAGAAAGGGCGGAGUAGAAGAAGAGUGAGGCUUGGUGGGGCACAGGCCCUAUAGGAGCUGUAAUGAACGCGAGUUAGCAGCUAAUGCUAAGUUAGCAGCUAAUGCUAAGUUAGCAGCUACAGCUUGCGCUAGCUAACUCGGUGAAUCCGUGAAGGCAUCUGACAACGACAGAAAAACAGGACUUUCUAAGGGGGCCAUAAGCCAAAAAAAGGUUGGGAACCACUGGUUGCGAGAAAAUGGACAUGAAGGACACAGUUAGCAAAACGUUAUCAUUUACUUUGAUCUUUUGAAAAGGAGGAUGUCCUCUGAGGGUCCUCAUCGAGAGUCCGACUGGUCGCGAUGCUUGUUGUUGUUGUUUUGGGAUGGGAAAAUGCUCAUCACCUAUGUGACAACUGUGUUUCUUUUUUAAAUGUGUUUAUUCAAUGCGUUUUCAUUUUUUAUUCGUGUACGUCUGCUUUGCUUAAAUGACAAUAAAAGCUUGAGAGUGCGGCAGGUUUGAAGCGGACCGGUUCAGAACUAACACCCUGGUAUCGCGAAUAUGACGAUAACCUCCAUAAACUACGACUCCAUGCACUCUCGGGCAUCGACCUCUGACCCCGCCGGCAGAACACACUCGGUCGACGGCGGUGAGCUGGGCGGCGCCAUGAAGAGCUCUGAGAUCGCUGCUGUUUAUUGAAUCUAUAAGGAGAGGCAUGCUUUCUUGUGCAUGAUGGCUCUGAGAACAGGCUUUACUUGUCCUCCCUCCUCCCCCCUCUUCCUCUUCGUCUCCUGAGAAAGUUGACAGUGACAGUAGAUCCUCCCCUGCGGCCCCGAGGGCUUCACUUCCUGCCGGCUUGUAAAACCAGACGGAACAAAGACGUUGUUUGUUGUUACAGUCCCCUUUAUUAUUAUUACCUUCGCAUUGAAAAUGCGGAAGGUAAUGUUUUGAUCGCUGUGUAUUUGUAUGCGUGCGUGUUAUUCGCAUAAGUCAAAAAGUAUUAAACCGAAUCGCAUGAAAUUUGGUGGGAUGAUUGGUUAUUAUCCGGGGACCAUUUGAUUAGAUUUUGGGAUCGAUCGGGUCAAAGGUCAAGGUCAAGGUCAUGAAAAGGUCAACAUCUUCUUUUUACCAAAGCGCGGUCAAUUUUUAUCCAAUUGGCAUGCAACUAAUGCCAAAAUGUUCAUAAUUCAAUGCCCAAUCUUGUGAUAUAUGAAGGUAUGCGCUCUACCGAGUGCCCGUUCUCGUUAUUAUUAUGAUUUGGUGCCUCUCAUUCAGGAAAGCGAGAGCAGCAGGUUGACGGUAACCCGGUCACGCUCAUGAGAUCUCCUUCUCGGAGCCGCCGCACAAGAUGGUGUUGAAUAUGAAUCGCGAGGAGAAGGAGUUCCCCCCUCUCAUCCCCCGUCUCCCUGUCUUUGUUCUUUUGAGGCUAUUACCAAAAUCACCAAAUAGAAGAAUCAGGGGGGGAUGAGGGGAUCUCUUUGCUUGUCUGUGAUGAUGAUGAGGAUUAUGAUGAUGCUCACCAGAUUAGAUCUCUCUGCGCCGCGUGACAGGAGUCUCCUCUUUUGGAUGAGUGCAGUUGCUGCGUUCCCCAUUAAGGAGAGCAACGAGAUAAAAGGAGGUGACAUAUAUAUAUGUGUAUAUGUUUCUUUGCUCCACCUUCUUUCACGUCGGCCCCAAUCACAAUAACCCACCGUGAAAGAAACGCAGCGUGUUCUUUUUUUUUUUAUGACGUGGAUAAUCAGCAGGAGGGGAAAUGAAAUCCUCCCCGAUCACUCAUAAGGGAACCGAUGCAUCCCAGAGGACCGGAGGGAAGACGGCCACGCCGCCCAUAGAAAAAUGGCGCCAAAGGGUCGCGUUCCCGUACACGUGUACAAAGAUUCAACUCCGCUGCGUAUACAAGCACAAUGUCACAAGAGCUAGACUAAAUGGACGUCCUCUUUUAGGUUUAGACUGACGCUGUAUAGCCGGGGGGGCGGCGUGGUGAAAUCAUGGUGUUUGCGUGCUUACCAGUAGCCUGUCGAAUGCAUUGGUGCAUAGCUGUGUGUAGGUCUGCAUGAGAGUUACCACUUUAGUACAAACCUUCAUGUUUCCUCAGAGUUGCGGGGUACAGAAGGACGCGUAGUUACCGCGUAGUUACCGCGUAGUUACGCGUAGUUACCGCGUAGUUACCGCGUAGUUACCGCGUAGUCACCGCGUAGUCACCGCUCACUUGUGGAGACGUCGGCACGACGUGAGAUUUUUGUACUUUUAAGAGUCAUGCUAGGAUGCUGUGAUGAGAUUUUGUGAGAUCUAUCCCUUUUAAAAGUAUUUCUGUAUUCCUUGCUUGUUUAGUGAACCGCUUAAUUUAAUCGAAAGGAAGAAAAAAGAAAAAAAGACGAGCUUUCUUUACAACUUUUGCUUUAGUUGAUCGGAAUCGAUUGAGCCUCGAGGGACCAAAUUAUCGAGAAGAAGAAGAGA